AGGUAGGACUGUGCACUCGCUGCUUGGUCGACCACGGUAACUCGCCACCAUGCCGUUCCCCUUUGGCAAGUCCCACAAGUCGCCGGCGGACAUCGUCAAGAACCUGAAGGACAGCAUGACGGUGUUGGAGAAACACGACAUCUCUGACAAGAAGGCUGAGAAGGUAAACAACCAACACACACACACACACACACAAAGACAGGUACAGACGAGUAUCUCCUAGGUACACCUCUCUCCCACUAUGCUAACAUGACUAGUGACCUCAGAGAUUCUAUGGAAGCUAUGGAGUGGGGAAUUUCAAACCCCUCCCUCUAAGAGUUUAAAUUGACUACAGUGUAAGGCAGGGUACUCCAACCCUGUUCCUGGAGAGCUACCCUUCUGUAGGUUUUCGCGCCAACCCCAGCUGUAACUAACCUGAUUCAGUUUAUCAACCAGCUAGUUAUUAGAAUCAGGUGCGCUAGAUUAGGGUUGGAGUGAAAACCUACAGGAUGGUAGCUCUCCAGGAACAGGGUUGGAGAGCCCUGGUGGAAGGGGGGGGGGUACUUGUGUUUCGAGAUUUACAUGAUGAAAAAAUUGUGCCUUUCAUGUUUGAUAACUAGAGACGUCAUUGUCAAAAACCUGUUGAGGGUUUAGUUUCCUUUCAUAUCAAGCCAUUUCUAGACUGAAAAUAGUGUAUGAUAGGAUCAUUUCAGGACGACAUGGGAUGGUGGGUGUGUGGGGGUUAGCUAGGUCAUAGGAAACAGUAUGGUGACUGAUGGAGAGCUAGCUAAUAUUUAUGUAAAGAGCUAAUUUCAUCUGUGUCUGUCUUUGCGCGUGUGUGUGUCCAGGCCACAGAAGAGGUGUCUAAGAGCCUGGUGGCGAUGAAGGAGAUUCUCUAUGGUACCAAUGAGAAGGAGCCCCAGACUGAGGCGGUGGCCCAGCUGGCUCAGGAGCUCUACAACAGCGGCCUGCUCAGCACCCUCGUAGCUGACCUGCAGCUCAUCGACUUUGAGGUGAGACACUUUACACUGUGCAUGUUUGUUUGUCUGUCUUUGAGACAGAUGCAGAGAUAUGAGAGAUUUAUUUUGAGAUGCUGACUAGAAAGGAGGGUAUCUUUGGGACGGAGUGAGAGAGACAGAUUUAUGUGCAUGUACAGAAAGAGACAAAAGACUGACUGUGUUCUGUCUCUUACUGGCACAUGGACAUGCUUUCACAUGCUUUUUUGCUUACUGCAAUACUUGCCCAUUUUGUGUGUGUGUGGUGGUAGUAGGUGUGUGUAGGCUUCACUGAGUCACCUUAUCAGCCUGAGUCAGUGUGAUUCUCCUCUUUGACACGCUCAACCUCCACAUCCUUCAGUGGGUCUGUGUCAUUCUCACCCAUCAGAAGAGACAUAUGUCUUGGCUAUUCCUGCCUUGGGAAGGCUGAAUUUGAUAAUAGGUUCAAAACAACUCAAUGAUACUAAUUUGAAAUGUGACGAUUCACCAAUGGUGUUAAUAGGUGAAUCUGUUUUAUCACCAUAACAUGUAUAAGAACAUUGGAUUCAGAAAAACUUCAGUAUUAGAAGUUCAAAAUAAGAGAACAUUGUUUAGAAACUGCCGGAAACCAUGUCUGUUUGAAAUCUGACCCCUUGUGAUUUCCACACCUUUCUAACAUUAUGAUUUCUGUUCACCAUCAGGGUAAGAAGGAUGUGGCUCAGAUUUUCAACAACAUCCUGCGGCGUCAGAUCGGGACGCGGACGCCCACGGUGGAGUACCUCUGCACUCAGCAGAACAUCCUCUUCAUGCUGCUCAAAGGGUGAGGCCUGGGGCGCCCAAACCUACACUACACCCUGUCAUUUACAAUGUUGGGGUGUAAUGUUUUUGUGUUGGGUAAUAAGUGGAUACCUUUUUUUGUCAGUCAAGUUAAGCUUUAUUUGAAGUAAAUUACCACAUUGUGUGAAUACACUUUACAGAAUGAUUAAAUAAAUGGAAAUAGAAAGAUAAAUACUGCAGAAUUUGACAAACAGCAGAUAUCGUAUUAAUUAGAGACAUUGACAAUGCCCUAUAUCAGGGAUCAUCGACUAGAUUCAGCCGCGGGAUGAUUUUUUUUCUUGAGGGGAUGGUCCGGGGCCGGAACAUAAUUACAAAUAAUUUGUAGACUUCAAACUUUGCUUAUAUUUGUAUACGAUCACGUGUUUCUCUAUUAUGCGUGGGAAUACAUGGGAACAGAUUUGUUAAAUUAAAAUCACUUGGAGCUGAUUUCCUGCCGUUUUACAGUGUGUUAUGUCCCCCCCCAAAAUAAAAUCACCUGUGGGCCAAAUUUCUGCCUGCGGGCUUCCAGUUGGGGAACCCUGCCCUAUAUCCUAUUUAAAUAUCCUGUCAUUUACAAUGUCGGGGGUUGUAGUGCGUGGUCUUUUGUCUAGGGUUGGGCGAUAUUACGAUAGCAUCGUGAUGUGACAGACGAUGGUUUAGCCUAUUUGAACUUGACUGGUACCCCGCAGUAAAGAACAGAGUCUCGCAGGGCAGCACACAAGUGACAUUCCGAGUAAUUUUCCUAUUCCUAUUUGCUAUAACCUACACUGCUCAAAAAAAUUAAGGGAACACUUAAACAACACAUCCUAGAUCUGAAUGAAUGAAAUAAUCUUAUUAAAUACUUUUUUCUUUACAUAGUUGAAUGUGCUGACAACAAAUCACACAAAAAUUAUCAAUGGAAAUCAAAUUUAUCAACCCAUGGAGGUCUGGAUUUGGAGUCACCCUCAAAAUUAAAGUGGAAAACCACACUACAGGCUGAUCCAACGUUGAUGUAAUGUCCUUAAAACAAGUCAAAAUUAGGCUCAGUAGUGUAUGUGUGGCCUCCACGUGCCUGUAUGACCUCCCUACAACGCCCGGGCAUGCUCCUGAUGAGGUGGCGGAUGGUCUCCUGAGGGAUCUCCUCCCAGACCUGGACUAAAGCAUCCGCCAACUCCUGGACAGUCUGUGGUGCAACGUGGCGUUGGUGGAUGGAGUGAGACAUGAUGUCCCAGAUGUGCUCAAUUGGAUUCAGGUCUGGGGAACGGGCGGGCCAGUCCAUAGCAUCAAUGCCUUCCUCUUGCAGGAACUGCUGACACACUCCAGCCACAUGAGGUCUAGCAUUGUCUUGCAUUAGGAGGAACCCAGGGCCAACCGCACCAGUAUAUGGUCUCACAAGGGGUCUGAGGAUCUCAUCUCGGUACCUAAUGGCAGUCAGGCUACCUCUGGCGAGCACAUGGAGGGCUGUGCGGCCCCCCAUAGAAAUGCCACCCCACACCAUGACUGACCCACCGCCAAACCGGUCAUGCUGGAGGAUGUUGCAGUUCUCCACGGCGUCUCCAGACUCUGUCACGUGCUCAGUGUGAACCUGCUUUCAUCUGUGAAGAGCACAGGGCGCCAGUGGCGAAUUUGCCAAUCUUGGUGUUCUCUGGCAAAUGCCAAACGUCCUGCACGGUGUUGGGCUGUAAGCACAACCCCCACCUGUGGACGUCGGGCCCUCAUACCACCCUCAUGGAGUCUGUUUCUGACCGUUUGAGCAGACACAUGCACAUUUGUGGCCUGCUGGAGGUCAUUUUGCAGGGCUCUGGCAGUGCUCCUCCUGCUCCUCCUUGCACAAAGGUGGAGGUAGCAGUCCUGCUGCUGGGUUGUUGCCCUCCUACGGCCUCCUCCAAGUCUCCUGAUGUACUGGCCUGUCUCCUGGUAGCGCCUCCAUGCUCUGGACACUACGCUGACAGACACAGCAAACCUUCUUGCCACAGCUCGCAUUGAUGUGCCAUCCUGGAUGAGCUGCACUACCUGAGCCACUUGUGUGGGUUGUAGACUCCGUCUCAUGCUACCACUAGAGUGAAAGCACCGCCAGCAUUCAAAAGUGACCAAAACAUCAGCAAGGAAGCAUAGGAACUGAGAAGUGGUCUGUGGUCACCACCUGCAAAACCAGUCCUUUAUUGGGGGUGUCUUGCUAAUUGCCUAUAAUUUCCACCUGUUGUCUAUUCCAUUUGCACAACAGCAUGUGAAAUGUAUUGUCAAUCAGUGUUGCUUCCUAAGUGGACAGUUUGAUUUCACAGAAGUGUGAUUGACUUGGAGUUACAUUGUGUUGUUUAAGUGUUCCCUUUAUUUUUUUGAGCAGUGUAUUUCAAUAAAUAUGUGAUACAGAACGCAGGAGGGGAAUGUAGGCCAGACAGGAUAAUAGUUUUUAAAAUACUGGACACUCCUUAACCAUCUUGUGUUUAGUUGUUUAAAAAAAAACGUAGCUUGUUUUCCCUUCUCUCUCCAUUCGAUAGGCUAUAUGAAUAUGACCAAUGUUUUAUGCAUGGCUUUCUCCUGAUCAAACAAUGAAUGAAAAGGAGUUCCAUCUCAAAAAGUAAUUUUAAUAGCCUAAAAACAUAAGUUAGCCAGCAGACUAAUAAUGAGGGAGAACAAACCAUAUCAAUAGCCUAUAGAAAAUCGAAUGACCAGUUUAAUCAAGUUUAAGCUUAUUAAGAAAGAAAUGAUCAAUGCGGACCGUGAAAAUCCCUCCAAGCGAUGUUGAAAACCAAAUGGCCAAUAACCUAUCCUUAUUCCUCCUACUGGCCUUUCAUAAAAGCUUUACGACAAGUUAAAGUUAUGAACAUUCACUUAUUUCCCCAAAUAUUCUAGCCUAAUGAAGGUGUUGUCCUAAAGUUUUGGCUUUCAAAAAUAACAAUUGUCAAUCACAGCUUUAUGAUAGAACAAAUAAUGCAACAAAUAUUGUGGUUAAACUCAAAUAUACUAAUUGAUAAAAAAAAACAGUUAUUUUUUGACAUUUUUUGUUUUUUUUAAAGGUAUAAUCUUUGUAAAAUAUAUCAUAGGUAGGACUGGUGGAGUUAUGUCGCACAUGCAGCUAACAAAAACAUAUAAAAAUGUCUGCUCUACCCAAAAUUACAACCAAAUAAUUGCAGCAUUACCACAAAAGUGGAAGGGGGGAAAAAGUAAGGAACUUGUCUGUCGGCCCUGCAUUAAAGAACAUAAUUGGUUAAAGAAAAUUGUGAUAAAUAAAAAAGUAUACCAGUUUCAUUUAAGGACCAAAGGAUUGAUAGCUGUCCCAUAUAGAUUGCAAAAUAGUUGGGAAGAGAUUUUUGACGUACCGAUUCCAUGGCAAAGUGUUUAUGAACUGAUAGUCAAAACAACGCUGGAUUCAAAACUUCUAAUUGUUCUAUUUAAAUUAUUAUACAAAAUUCUUGCUACCAAUAGAAUGUUAUUUAUAUGGCGGAUACAAUCUUCCCAGCUCUGCAGAUUUUGCUGCGAAGAGACAGAAUCAUUAGAUCAUUUGUUUUGGUACUGUCCAUUUCUAGCUUGUUUUUGGACACAGGUUCAGGAAUGGCUAAAGGAUUGCAAUAUUUACCUGGAGCUGACACUGCAGAUAGCACUACUGGGUGAUCUGAAAAGUCAUAGUCAAUCGAUCAAUAAUAUAAUAAUACUUUUAGCAAAAAUGUUUAUUUUUACAAUCUGUAGAAACAAUGAGAAUAGAAGGGUUCAGAACUUUUGUAAAACAUCAUGAAAAUGAUCAGAGAGGUUGAGGAAGUCCAGGAGUAAAAACAAACAAAAUAUAAUUAUUGUAAAAUUGACUGUGUCCAUCAAAUGUAUAUAGUAUGUAUAAGCUGGAAGUAGAGGCCAAAGCAUUGUUGUUCACUAGUUUACUCCAAUUAGGGAAGGGGUGGUGGGGUUGGAAAGUAAUAAAGGGAAAUAUAUUUUUUUAAAGGAUAUGUGUAUAUAUAUAUAUAUGUAUUUAUAUGUAUGUGUUUGUAUGUAUAUGAUAGGACAAAGGUGGACGUCGCCCAACCCUAUUUGCGUCGUAAUAACUGGAUACCUCCUUCCUAUUCCAAUGUCCUCCUGGCAGGUACGAGUCUCCAGAGAUCGCUCUGAACUGUGGCAUCAUGCUGAGGGAGUGUAUCAGGCACGAGCCACUGGCCAAGAUCACCCUGGGGGCCGAGCAGUUCUACGACUUCUUCAGAUACGUGGAGAUGUCCACGUUCGACAUCGCCUCAGACGCAUUCGCAACUUUUAAAGUGAGUUUUUGAAAAGAAGUGUGUUUUUUCUCAGACCUGUAUCUCUAGGACCAUGGGUUUCUUGGGGCCUAGAUAGAGGGCCUGUACUUUUCAGCUCAUUGGUUAAAAUACCUGUGUGUUCUUCUUCCAGGACUUGCUAACGAGACACAAGAUUCUGAGUGCGGAGUUCCUGGAGCAGCAUUACGACAGGGUAAGUCCUCCACAUUGUUGAAAUGUAACCCGGUAAGAACACAUCUCCAUGAUGCGUUUCUUCCAAUGAUCCUUUCUCUGAAUAGCAACCUGUCACUGUUAAUGGAGCUUUUUAAGACGGUCUGAAGUCACUCCAGGACAAGCUGAGUUUAUUUGUGCUAAACCCCCGCCUGACUGAGAACCAUGAAAAGUAUACCAGGGAAUAUGGAAAUUAACUUGAGAAGUGGGAGCUCAGUACUCAGCAACUGUUUUUCUCCUAACAUAAAAGCUAGGCAUUUGACAUGAUGUGACUGUUCUGAAUACAAGGCAGCUGCCUGUCUGUCAGUGUGGGAAAAUCACUAGUUGGCUUGUCACCGAGUUUGCAAACAAGCAGAUGCACUCUGAAAUAGUGGCUUGACAUUCACUCAGAUGGUUAUCUUUCUCCUCCCCUCCCUCCAGUUCUUCAGUGAAUAUGAGAAGUUACUCCACUCAGAGAACUACGUGACUAAAAGGCAAUCCCUCAAGGUAAGAAUGUGGGUCCUGUUCCUGUUGUAGUAAACAGCUCUCAUGUAGUAUUUGUAUGUAUGUGUUUUUAAUGGCUAAAUAUAGAUGAGGUGGUCUCUUACAUGGUGUUUGGUUACUGAAAAUAUAACCAAGCAGCAAGCUGACUGAUGUAGCGCCAACCUGUGCCUGGAGUAGGUUUUAGAUACGUUUCAUCUGCCUGGUAACGUCCUCCCCUAUUUUUGCCAAUGCGUAGCAGUAUGUUCACUUUGCCUUGUAUAAACCCAACUAUAAUGAUUUAUAUCUAUUUACAUCGUUUUAGUGGAAUCUUAUGGUUCAAACAUGGCAUUAAAUAAAUGAUUACUUUUUCACCUACCCCAGACUGUAAUUGCAAUUAAUACUUUGUUUUUUGUCACUCUGAAACAAUCUAGUUGCUGGGAGAGCUUCUUCUCGAUCGACACAAUUUCACCAUCAUGACGAAAUACAUCAGCAAGCCAGAGAACCUCAAGCUAAUGAUGAACCUUCUUCGAGACAAAAGCCGCAACAUCCAGUUUGAGGCCUUCCAUGUCUUCAAGGUAAAAGGAAAAACGAGAGACUAGCACAAGGCUAUAGCAGGCGGUGCAAUUUGUCUUUGAGUUUAGUUGGAUUGUAAAAAUAAUUUAUCCUAUUCCUUCCCAUGUAGGUGUUUGUGGCCAACCCCAACAAGACACAGCCCAUCUUGGACAUUCUUCUGAAGAACCAGACCAAACUCAUUGAGUUCCUCUCCAAGUUCCAGAACGACAGGACGGAGGACGAACAGUUCAACGAUGAAAAGACGUACCUGGUCAAACAGAUCAGAGAUCUGAAGAGGCCGGCCCCCCAGGAGGCCUGAGGGAGGGGCUUAAGGGGUCCAGACAACAUUUGGAUAACAGACUCAUCAGUAGCUGCUGCUGUUCUGGUUUUUCAACCAUUUGAAAAAAAAUAACGCGCCCACAUCAAGUCAUCAGGAACUCUCCAGUUCAUUCUGCUGUUCGACGCAACGGACAUUUUGAUAUUUUUUCUUCCUUUUUUUUUCCCUCCAGUUUCUCCUUUAAAAAGAUAAGAGAUUAACAUAAAAUAUGCUGCUGCUUUCUUGCACAUUAAGACAUGUGGAAGGGUAACAUCAACAACACAACAAAGGUCAUUCAAACAAAUAGUAACAACGAAAUCUACUACAUUUGAGCGCUAUGCAGACUUCUGACACACGCGCACACACACACAUAUAAUGAUAUAAUAUCAGCAUAAACCUUGAGAUGAAAGGUACUGGCAAAGUGAACAUUGGAGUGUUGGUUGCAUGCCUUGUUGAAAUGUGACAUCCAUGGCUAUACUUGAGGCUAAACGCUGGCUGAGAGAUGACAUGUCCAGUCUACUUACAGUGCCACAGACGGCAAAAAGCACAUGCAUCGCAGUACCAGCUCCAACUCUUACCUAUGCCUUCAUCGUGUACUGCAGCAACAGUGAUGCAUUUUUAAAAUGGGCUCUCCGAUGGCCUCACGCCGACCCAUGCAGCUAUUGGUGUGUUGUGAAACAGCACAGAGCGGAUGGUAUGGAUAAAAUGCUAGAUAUUAUUUAGGUACAGGCCUGAAUUGGGUUUGUUUUUUGUUUUGGGACAGGGUGAACGUGUACAUAUGCCUUUUUGUUUUUUUUGCUUUGUAGAUUUUGUUGAAACAUUGACACAUGGAUAUAUAUUAUAUAUAUUUGACCUUAAACAUCAAGUUUUUCGUUAAUGCUAAUCAAAAUAAUUUUUAAAACAGUGGAAGAGGAAAAAUAUCAGACAUUUUGCGUUUCAUUUUACUGCUGAAUUGAAAUGAUGUCUGGUUUUUCUUUGUACAUAACUUCCAGCCAGGGCCAGCUCUUACGUUGUUAACCUAGAGGACAUUAAUAAUAAUUAGUACAGCUGAGGAAUGUCAUGGUAUUAGCCCGGAUCUCUUCUUAAUCCUCUGUUUUUUCGUCUGUAUUUAAGUAACUCAGACAACUAAAAUAUGCUGGGGUGCCAGGACAGUGGGGUGGAGGGGAGGCCGGGAUGGGAUGUGGCAGAGUGCUAAUGGAAACAUAAAGUUUGUGAUGAGCAGCCAGCCAGUGGUCGCGUUCCCCUGCUCAGACGUUGCAUGCAUCAACCAAUGGUUGCGUGCCACGUCAUCGACUGUCAUUGACUGACAGAUUGCUAUAACAUAUGAUGUGUUUAGCUGAUAUGUAAAAUAUAAAUCCAGGCGUUUGUAAGAUCUGGCA